AAACUUAUUAAAUAGUCAAAAAUGCAAGACCCGAACGAAGACACCGAAUGGAACGAUGUUCUCAGAGCCAAAGGAAUUAUACCUCCUAAGGAACCUGAGAUCACAGAAGAUCAAAUUGCUGAUAUGAUUGAUCAAGCUGUCGAGAAACAUGCUAAGGGAGGAAAGGACAUGGAUGAAAUGGAUCUAGCUGAGCUUGACGAGAUAGAGGAUGACAUAACUGAAGAAGACGAAAAAGCUUUUGAAGAGUACAGAAGGAAGCGUAUGGCUGAGCUGCAGGCAAUGUCAUCAAAGCCCCGAUUUGGGUCGGUAGUAGAAAUAUCUGGCCAAGACUGGGUGCAGGCCAUCAACAAGGCUGGCGAAGACAUCUGGGUUGUUGUACAUUUGUACAAGAAUGGAAUUGAAUUAUGCAACAUAUUGAAUCAUCGUUUUGUAGAGCUUGCACAAAAGUUUCCGUUCACAAAGUUCAUCAAAGCUGUUGCAACUACAUGUAUUCCAAGCUACCCUGAAAACAACUUGCCAACAAUUUUCAUCUAUCUGAAUGGCGAAAUGAAGGAGAAAAUCAUCGGUCGAGAUAGCUUCCCUUCUGGAAAAGUAACUCUUGAAGACACUGAAUGGAUUCUGAGCCAAACCGGCUGCAUUGAAACGGAUUUGUCAGAAAAUCCAAGAAAGCCAAUAGAAGACGUCCUCUCCAAAACUAUCUAUUAAUAAAUGAGGAAUUAACACUCUUUAAUUUUUAUACGCGCAUGUAUUUUCACCUCAAUUUUCUUAUGUCUUAAAAAAUUGCUAAGCUAAUUUAUUAAUUUUACGUGCCUUCAGAAUGGCGGAAUAUAAUUGUCCUAAAUUCAUAUUGAAAACUUAAUUUAUGAUCACAAAAAACGUAG